AUGAAUGGUGGAAAUAGUGGUUUGAAUACGAAACUUUCAGUGUUUGAUGGAAAGAACUGGAAUCGGUGGAUGAUUGAGAAGCGUGUGUUGUUUGGUGCUCCAAAUGUGCUUGAUCUCGUCUAUGACGCAAUUGAACAUUCUAAGGAUCUGAGCAUCAUGGGAAUUCAAGAGCUGCAAAGCAGUCUAGAAGCACAAGAUUUGUGUUUAGUUGAGAGAACCUUUAAGAGAGAGGUAGGGCAGGCUUUGAAGGCGUCUUCUUGUAAAAAGAUUCAAGAUCCUUCUUCGUUAGAAGCCAAGAAGAGACAUGGUGGUUCUCAGAUGUUAGAAGCGUCUAACUCUAAUGAGAAGAAACAUCAGAAGGGAAGGGAGAAGCUUGAUAAGAAGAAGAUUCAAUGUUAUUGUUGUAAUAAUUUUGGCCAUUAUGCUUCUGAGUGUUGGUCAAAAAAAGGAAAGAAGUAUGAAGAAGCAAAUAUAGCCAGAGAGUAUAAUGAUGAACCUCUGAUAUUGAUGGCUUCUGACUCUGAUAAUAGUGAAUUGUUAGAAUGGUGGUAUAUGGAUAUUGGACGAUCAAAUCACAUGACUAGAAAUAAACAAUGGUUGAUAGAUUUUGACUCCAGAAAGAUAAUAAAGGUUAAAUGUGUUGAUGAUAAGUUCGUUAAUGCUAAAGGAAUGAGAAAUGUCGGAAUCAAAGUGAAGAAUGAUAAAACUAUUCUGGUCAAAGAUGUUUGGUAUGUUCCUGGAAUGAAGAGAAAUCUAAUGAGUGUAGGUUAG